AUGUACGAGGAUGCAUGGUACAGCUUUGUACCAGAGGCUACCGGGAAGCAUGCCGCGAGCAAAGGUGCCUCCCAUGGGCACAAACGAAACGAAUCGCUCCUACAGCAGCCCAAUGGCGUAGGGAAAGACCAGCAGGUAUCGCAAUCCGUACCAAGAGCUGUCAGCACUGAAGAGGGAAAUGGACCCCCAGAAGCAUCCGUGCUGAGGCGAGCAGUGUCAUGUGCGGAUUGUCGCCAAGCACACAACGCUGGCCAGCUCGCGGCCACGCCAAAGAAGCAGAGCACACGUCGAAAUAGGAACUGGGAGGCAUUGACGCUCAACACAGACGCGAACCAUACUCCGAAACCAUACAAGGCCGAUCUACAGACAAACGAUACAUAUAACGAGCAGCUUCUCAACGCUAGUCAGCAGGAAUACCUAUUAUACCGAGAUCAACUCUCCCUUACGGAAAGACACCUCGACGGCUUGAUAACCGAUGCCAACGCAACCCUCGAGCUGUUGUCCAAACUGUCCAACUCGUUCCAAUCGGUCGAAGCGCAGACGUCCACGUUUCAAGCACAAUGCGAAGAGGUCCUUACAGAGCAGACGCGACUGGAGAAACUCGCAGAUGAGGUUGGAACUGAUUAUUACUACUACUCAUACCUCGAGAAUGCGACGAGAAGACUAAAUGCGCCGGGCGCCGGCCGACUGGUGGACGACGAGUCUUUUGGCGACAUGGUGGAAAAUAUUGACGCCUGCGUCGCAUUCAUGGAAGACCACGAAACAUAUCGGGAGCGGGAUGCGUACCUCGCGCGCUACAAUGCGCUGCUGACCAAGUGUCUGCAUCUGCUGGACCAUGGCUUCACCACCCGACUGGAAAAGGCUUCCUCAGAUAUUGCGCGUCAACUAUCGGCGACAAAAUCCGAGUCUACACGACAUGCGCUUGUAUACGGACGGUUUGAAGAGAUGCUCAGCGACUCGUACGCUUUACUGCCGAAUAUCCAUAAAGUGACCAGACGCGUCUAUGACCAAUACGGCCGCUUCGACAGCGGCAUUCGCAAUUCGUCCAUCUUUUCCAGCUCGACCCUCAGCAUGUUGCGUACCUACAUCACCACGCGCGACCGCGAUACCAAGACGCUGACGCUGCGCGACGUGGAGGAGUACCAAAGAGAGAUCAAGGACUUGUCUUUGGAGACGGCCUCGCGCAAUUACAUCAAGCAAACGCUAGAACGCGUGCACAAUGAAAACAGCCUGUUUGUCAAGGUGUUCAACAUUGAGCCGACGUGGAAUACGGCGCAGGAUUCCGUUUUUCAGUCCAUCAAGACGGUGCACACGACAAUGGUCCAUCCGGGCAACCUGCAACCCAUGGCUGCACAGCUGCAAGCCGUAUUCGCGACAGCCGAUAUCCAGUCUGUGUGCAAUGUUGUUGGGUGGAUUGCCAACGAAUACGGCAUAUCGGAGAAUGACGAAGAGGAAGAUGCAAUUGCGCCAAAGCAGUAUAGAGAAUACGCCGCUCGCUUGCUUGUGGAUCAUUUAUGGCCAUUUGUGGAUAAUGCGUUUGAGGCGGAAAUCAGCAAGUCCAUUACCAAAGGUACCGUGACGGAUGAUGCGCUCAAGAUUGGGCCCGUGGUGGACGGUGUGUCUUCCUCCAAUGCAUACCCGUUGGUGCAGAAAGCGGUCGAGCUUUUGCGAAUGUUUGACCACGCCAUGCCGAAAGAGAGAUCUUCUCAAAACAGCCAGGUAGUAUUCCGCGUCGUGCGCGAAACGAUUCAAGUACUACAGCAGGCUUCCUCGCGGAUCCAAGCCCAGAAGCUCCCGACGGACGCGGAGCUGUUCUUGGUCAAAAACCUGCUCAUCAUCAAGAACGAGCUGCUGUCGCUCGAGAUUGGCGACAUUCGCAGUCGGCCGGCCGCGAUGCAGCACUUUGGCCAGAUGUGGGAGACGCUGAGCCCGCAGAACCUCGUUGGCUUCGUGGGCACCUUUUUAGGCGGACACUUGUGGUCGCGCAGCGGCGGCACGGUGACGGCCAAGACGCUGACGGUGGAGGACAUGAAUGAACAGCUGGAUGAGCUGCUGCGGCAGUCCAUCUACGGCCUCGCACGGCGGUGGGCGGGCCGGGUGCGGGACGCGUCGCAGGGUGGCGGGAGCGCGAAGAAGACGCUGGCGCAGGUCGAGGACGAGUUGGAAAAGGCGCUGCAGACGGCGUUUAGCAACCAGCCAGAGGUGGUGGGCAAGCUCAAGGAGGCGAUUGCAUUUUAUGAGGAAGAUGCGGCGGCGCGAUCAGGGAAGCGGUAG